AUGAGGCGGCGUGGAGGCGGUCCCGCCCUCCUAAACAGCGCCAGCCCCUGGGCGAGCACAUCCGCGGACCUUCUCUCCCUCUACCUCUCGCCCUUCACCGGCGGCGUAACAACACGCACCUCCCUCCUCCCCACACCAUUCCCGCACGACCCACGAAUCCACCAGCACCACCUCUUCUCCACCAGCAGCGUGAACACAUACGGCUACUCGCCCUCUCCACUGACCUCGUACCUCUCGUGGAUCCGCGAGAUAGUGCGCGGCACUGGCGCACCGCAGACGAAGCCGUUUAUCGUCUCUAUCACCGGCGGCGCAGACGCGGUAGCGGCCGGCGUCCACGAGAUCGCCACGUUCGCCGCUACCCACAACCUGCGCUUGUUCGCGGAGAUAAACCUCUCCUGCCCUAACAUCCCGGGCGCCCCGCCGCCCGCGUACUCAGCCGAGGGGCUGGGGUCGUAUCUGCAGCUACUACCGGAGCAGAUGGGAGUUCCAGUGGGCAUCAAGCUCCCGCCGUUCACAUACCCCGCGCAGUUCGACGCGGUACUCGACGUAGUGGCGCGGUACCCGGCGGCGCUGUCGUUCAUUACCGCCACGAACUCGCUCGGCGGCGCGCUGCACCUGUCCGCGCCGCCGUCGCUCAGCGUCGAUGGCGGGAAAAGGAUCUGGCAGCCCACGCUGUCGUCACCCGCCGGGACCGGAGUGGGAGGGCUGGCCGGGGAGGCGAUUCAUUGGCUUGCUGUUGGGAAUGUGGACAGUCUUAGGAGGGGCCUGGAUGAGAGGGGGUUGGGGGGCGUGGUGGUGAUAGGUGUGGGAGGCGUGGGGGAUAGGGACGGGAUGGUUAGGAUGCUGACGGUGGGCGCGGGCGCGGUGGGAGUGGCGACGGCGCUGGGGAGGGAGGGGGUGGAGGUGUUUGAGAGGAUCUUGAUGGGGGACGCGGCGGUGGGGGAGGGGGAGUGGUGCACGUGA